AUGGCAACUCCAGAAGACGGGCCGGUUCCUUUUGAGGACACCCUUGUUGGUACAAACCCCGUCUCCUCGCCGCAGCAGCGUGAGGAUGAGCAUGCGGACCUUGUCGCCACCCUGCCGAGCGCGCUGGAGGCCAACGGUGUCAAGAAGCUCCGUCUUUACCAGGGCUUCUGGCUACGCGAUAUCCACGUACCGGCGGCCAUCGCGCUCCAGCGGCGAUUCGAGCCUCGCCCCGACGACGUCAUUGUGGCCAGCUUGCCCAAGUGUGGCACCACGUGGCUCAACGCCCUGACCUUCGCGACGAUGGCACGCAGGGCAUACCCACCCGCCGGCGCCGACCACCCGCUCCGCCGCCUGAACCCGCACCAGUGCGUGCCUUUCCUGGAGGGCCUCUUCCAGCUCCAGGGCGGCCGGGAGGCGGAGCUCGAGGCGCUCCCGUCCCGGCGCCUCAUGAACACGCACAUGCCGCUCCCGAUGGUGCCGUCGGCCGUGCCCGGCUGCCGGGUCGUCUACGUAUGCAGGGACCCCAAGGACAUGGCCGUCUCGGCGUGGCAUUUCCUCCGCCGCCUGCAGACGGACCUGGCGUUCAGCGUCGUCUUCGAGUCCGUCUGCGACGGCGUGGUGGCGUUCGGCCCGGUCUGGGACCACGUCCUCGGCUACUGGCGCGCGAGCAGGGCGAUGCCGGACAAGGUGAUCUUCCUGCGGUACGAGGAGCUGCUCCGCGACCCGGCCGAGAACGUGCGAAAGCUGGCGAGGUUCCUCGGAAUGCCAUUCUCCGCAGCGGAGGACGCGGCCGGCACCGUCGACAGCAUCGUCCAACUCUGCAGCUUCGGGCACCUCAAGGGCCUGGACGCCAACAAAACUGGGCAUUUGGAUCCCCUCCUCCCCGUCCCGCGUGAUGCGCUCUUCAGGAAUGGGGCGUCCGGCGAUUGGGUGAACCACAUGACGCCGGAAAUGGCGAGUCGGCUGGACAAGAUCGUAGCUGACAAAAUGCGCGGGACAGGGCUCACUUUUCAGUGACAUUUUACCCAUUCACGCAUUACUUUUCUGGUCGUUUUCCCGUCAAUAUAUCCAAUAAAUCCCUGCAAUGUAUUGCCAGCAUUUUCUUUUAAAUCAGUAUCAGUAGUCCA